AUGGAUAUCCAGCCGUGGAUACAGUGGCUGGAUGCAAACAUAACUUCAGUUCACGUCAUUGUUAAGCUGCUGAAGAUGAAGCAUGUGACUUGUUUUCCUCUGUGCAGUGACGGCCAGGUCUUCACAGAGGAUAGAAACUGCAUGUGUCUCAACCUCAGCAUGUCACUUAACGGAUGUGACUCCUUUCCUGACUAUUUCAUUAAAGGCCUGCAAUCCAUGAACUCCGAAUGGGAAUCUAAACAGUGGCUGAUCACAAAGCUGGAUAAUUGGAGGGAUUACAAGGUAAAGGAAAGCCAGCAGGUGAAACUGGCAUUCUCAGAGCAGCUCAGCAAAUUGCAGACCAAACAGCAUCAGGACACUGAACUGCUGGAAGAGAUCAGGUCCUUCAGUAAGCAACGUGCAGCUAUAGAGAAAGAGUAUGGUCAGGCUCUUCAGAGAUUAGCUGUCCAGUACCAGAAGAGAGACUGGCAAAGAGGAAAUACAGAUACCAUCACUUCUGGGAGUGUAUUUGGUGUGUGGCGGUCAGUGGUAGAUGCUACAGCUCAGUCUGCCACAUCACGACUUGCUGCUGCAGAAGAAUACCGCAGACUGAUUAGACUAGCCUCCCGAACUCUUCGCAAUGCAAAGGACAUCCGAACAAAGAGAGGCUUGGAGCGGCUCCAGAGGGUGCAGGGGGAAGUGGUGGAAGCUUUGCGGGAGCUGCACAGGAUCAAGAAGAGCUACCACCAACUCAGUCACAUUGCCAGUGUUGCCAGAGAGAAAGCUGCUGAUGCACAGACCAGAGCCAGAAAGAGUGAACAUGGGAUUUUCCACUUUAAAUCAGGACUACAUAAGAUGACUGCUAAGCUCAGCGCCAGGUUGAGAGAGUGUGACGACCGUUUGACUGAAGUCCGUAAUGAGUAUCUGCUGGCAUUAGCAGCAGUCAAUGCCCACCAACAACACUACUAUUGUAAUGACUUACCAUGUAUUAUGGAGCAAAUGGACGGUGAUGUUUAUGAUGAUCUGAGAGGCCAUUUUACCCUGCUGUGUAGGACUGAGAUGGAUACCUGUCUGGCCACACACAAACAGUACAACAGGAUUUGGGAGAGUGUUGCUAAGGUGACCAGAGAGAGAAAUGUUCUGCAGUUUCUACAGGAAUCUGUCUCCUUCAGCAAAACUCCUGAAUUCACCUUCCAGUCAGCUCCACGUGACAAGGUGUCUGCUCUACAGGAGGUCUGUGCUUCAGAAGCAGAGGGAUGUCUGGUAAAGGAGGCCAAGAAAUGGGCUACAAAAGCUGCAAAAGACUACAAAAUCAUCACCCAUGGAGAGAGGGCCCUACAGACGUUAGAGAGUCGGCUGAAGCUCUUGUCGGGGGAGACGGGGCUCAGUGUGGAGCAGAAGAUAGCAGAGGUGCAGGAAAGCGUCAGGAAAGCCAAGCUCAGCAGGGUGAAAGCAGAGGCCCGUCUAGCUCUGCUGUCUGACAGUGUCACAGGAAUUGAACAGUGGCUUCACGAUGCCAUGCACCAGGCAGAGGAGGAGCUGGAGAGAGAGAGACGCCUCAGUGAACAGAGGAAGUCUACUGAAGACUUUUCAGAGGAUGAGUUUGAGCUGACUGACUUUGAGGACUACGAUGAUGAAAAAGGAGAUAUCUUUGCAGAUCCAGUGUCAGCAUCUGGAGUGUGUGUUUACCCUGCAGCCUGCAGAGUAAUCUAUAGCUAUCAGGCUAGCCAGUCAGAUGAGCUAUCAAUAAUGGAGGGGGAGGAGCUUCAAGUGAUUGAGGAUGGAGAUGUGGAGGACUGGCUGAAGGUGUGUAACUCCUGUGGUCAGGUGGGGUAUGUUCCAGAGCGUUAUGUACAGUUCCUGUGCCUACCAGCAGAGGACAGCACUCAUCUGGACAGUUCUUUCAGUUCCACCUCAUCCACUGGGAAUAGAGAGAGGGCAGGGAGCAGAGGUGUAGCCAGAGCUCUGUACUCGUACCAGGCCCAGAGUGCAGAGGAGCUUUCCUUCCAGGAGGGGGCGCUAAUUCACCUGAUACGCUGUCGUCACGGAGAGGUGGAUGAUGGGUUUUGGGAGGGAGAGCUGAAUGGACGGAUCGGUGUCUUCCCAUCAUUGGUGGUAGAGCUUGUUCACGAUGAAGGGGAGGAGGAAGAGGAGGAAACAGGAGGCAGCAGCCACAAUUCUCCGGAACUCUCUCGACUAAGACCAUGUCGGCCGCCUCCUCCUCCCCCAACACAGAAGCCUUCAUCUCAGCCUUGAGACAAAGACUGGAGUCACUGUUUUUUAGGACCAAAAGAACACUAGUUUUGUGCCUUUUAUUGCAGCAUUAAACAAAUAACUUGUAUUUGUUUGUUAGACCUUUUUAGAUUUUCCCGUUGGUCAACAUGGCUCACUUGAUGAACUUUCAGGAAAUUGCAAAAUUCCCAUGUGUCCUUCGAGGGAUAAGUGAACCAACAUUCAAUAUAACAUUAACAUUUAAGUAGCAGGGAUAAGUACAUGAUUAUCUGUAUCUGUAUCAAUUCAACCAACUAAAUUAUCUGUUUUUGUAUCCGUUUAGGAAGGGGCGGGGCUUAAACCAGACAUGGGUGGUGCUUGAAUCAGGAGCAGGUAGGACUAAAAGGGAAGUUGUUCAUUUUAACCUGAGUUGAAGUUGCUAUAUUUAUUGCUAUAAAGAUUUUAUUUGUAUUAGAAAAGUAGUUAGAGAAUUUAUCUUCAGAGCAAUGUUUUUGAUUACAAGGGUGAUCUGACUGUUGUUUUUUUUUAUAAAAGGUGGUAUAUUUAUGGGUGCGAAUUUUCAAUAUUUUUACUUUACAUGAUACUCGUUUUCAUAAAGAAAGUACAUUAUCUGUACCAGAUACCUAUUUCAGCCGAGUACUUGCCCAACCCUAAUUAAGUAGAGUUCUAAUUCAUUUCUAAUACGUGUUGUAACUGGGGAAAAAUUUAUGAAUAUUUACAAUUAUGACAGACAACUCAA